GGAAUACAUCCGUUGGUCUGAAAGAACGGUUGCCGAAACACUAUUUAAUUAAGGAAAAUCCGAAGGGGUCGGGUUUACACGUAGGGUCGGAAUAUCACCAAUCUACCCUACUUGGUGCAGUAGAUCUUGUUACAAUUUGCGUUUUCAUUUCUAGGCUAAGCUAUGUCAACAAUGAGAUAAUAUAUGAGCAAUGACAUUGCACAUUCUGUGAUCAGUUGUUCGUAUUGGCGAUCGGUGAAGUUGCCGAGUUGUAUUUUGAAUUGAACUAAGAAGAAUGGGUUUGCUGACGGAGGGAACGCCAUACUCGUGGGCAGAGACGAAGAAACACGCCGACCACGUGAGAAGACACGGCAUUCGACAGUUCAUCAACCAGUACAAGAAACUGCGUGAACGAACGAGGGACGUGCUGUACUGGGGUGAUGAGGUGGAGUACCAGCUCGUGAAGUUUGACCACAGAAACAAGAGAGCUCUUCUUACCCUGAAGACACAAAAGGUUCUCUCGGAACUCGUGAAAAGAGAACAGGAGUGUCCCGAUGACCACCCGACGACAUGGCGGCCGGAGUACGCGGACUACAUGGUAGAGGGAACGCCGGGCCAGCCGUAUGGGGGACUCAUGGCGCACUUCAACCUCGUCGAGGCCAAUAUGAAACUGAGACGAGAAGAAAUUCAGAAAACAUUGGGACCAGAUGAAGUACCGCUAUCGUUGACGGUUUUUCCUAGGUUAGGUUGUGGGUACUUCACUGACCCUCCACACGACACGAAUCCUUCUUCAGGUGCCUCAAGGUCAUUGUUUUUCCCAGACGAAGCUAUCAACAGUGGACACCCACGAUUCAAAACGUUAACGAGAAAUAUUCGAGAAAGACGAGGAUCGAAGGUGGCCAUUAACAUACCAAUCUUCAAAGACAAGAACACGAAGGAGCCGUUCAUCGAGGAUUUUUCCGGGCUGGUGAGCGGCGACGGGCCGCAGACGGCUGCCCUCCCGGACCACAUCUACAUGGACUGCAUGGGCUUCGGCAUGGGUCUGUGCUGUCUGCAGGUCACCUUCCAGGCCUGCUGCAUCGAGGAGGCACGACUCCUCUACGACCAGCUCUCAACACUCUGUCCGAUAUUUCUGGCUUUGAGUGCAGCGUCGCCAGUCUAUCGGGGUUAUCUUGCCGAUAUCGACUCUCGGUGGACGGUUAUCGCACAGUCUGUGGACGAUAGGACACCACAGGAGAGAGGACUGGAGCCACUUGAGCCGGGUAAUUACCGAAUCCACAAGUCUCGCUACGACUCCAUCGACAGUUACUUGUCGCCAGAAAGUCAGAUCUACAACGACAUUGAACUUGUGUAUGACAAGGAUCUUUACCAAGAGAUGGUUGAUGCUGGUGUGGAGGAUGCCUUGUCUAAGCACAUGGCUCAUCUGUUUAUACGCGACCCGAUCACGCUGUUCAGUGAAAACGUCGACCAGGAUGACGAAGAAGACACCAAUCAUUUCGAGAACAUCCAGUCCACGAACUGGCAGACGAUGCGGUUCAAGCCGCCGCCCCCGAACUCAGACAUUGGCUGGCGGGUCGAGUUCCGGCCGAUGGACUGUCAGCUGACCGACUUCGAAAACGCAGCCUACGUCGUCUUCAUCGUCCUCCUCACACGCGCCAUACUGACCUUCAAACUGAACUUUGUUAUACCCAUCUCCAAGGUAGAUGAAAACAUGAAGACUGCUCACGAACGGGAUGCUGUCCGUAAAGGAAAGUUCUACUUCAAGAAAGAUGUCCUCACCGCCAUGUCCCCUGCCUGUGCAUGCGAGGUCUAUGCCAAAUGUCCAAAACCAACGGCGUGUAAGAAAAUCAUGGAUGAGUACACGCUCAUGGACGUCAAUGAAAUAAUUAACGGAAAGGGUGACUUUGUUGGUGUGUUGCCACUGAUGAAUAAAUACCUCGACUCGGUGGACAUCGACGUGGAAACACGGUGCACCGUCAUGCAAUACCUUCAACUGAUCUCCAAACGUGCAUCCGGAGAGCUGAUGACCACAGCUAGCUGGAUGCGUCAGUUCAUUGAGAAGCAUCCAAGCUACAAACACGACUCGGUUGUUUCUGAACGCAUCUCAUACGACCUGCUGACUAAAUGCGACGAAGUGUCUCACGGAAAGAUCAGCGAGCCGGGGCUACUGUUCCUGCCCGUUCAUAAAUCUGGCAACGUUCCCAAUGCAGUCAUCAAAACACAUCAGUACCUGGACUCAAAGAAUCAACGGAAAUAAAAUGCAUAGUUCUGAAUAUAUACAUAAUCGGAGGGGAAAAAAGUGAAAAAAGUUGCACAUAAUGGGGCCUGUGUAAACAAUUUAUACAUAACAGGGCAUAAUUCUGAAUACAUGUAACCAGAAAAAAAGAGAGAAAAAAAUGUUGCACGUAAUGGGGUUUGUAUAAAAAAUGUAUGCAUAACAGGGCAUAAUUCUGAUCAUAUAUGUAACCGGAAAAUACAAAAAAAAAUGUUGCACAUAAUAGGGUCUAUUCAGAAAUGUUAUGGAUAACAGGGCCCAUAGGACGAUACAAGAACUUUAUAUAUAACACGGCCUAUAGGACGAUACAAGAACUUUAUAUAUAACACGGCGGCCUAUGGGCCGAUACAAGAACUUUAUGUUUAACACGGCCUAUAGGACGAUACAAGAACUUUAUAUGUAACACAGCCUAUAGGAUGAUACAAGAACUUUAUAUGUAACAUGGCCUAUGGGCCGAUACAAGAACUUUAUAUAUAACACGGCCUAUAGGAUGAUACAAGAACUUUAUAUAUAACACGGCCUAUGGGCCGAUACAAGAACUGUAUAUAUAACACAGCCUUCAGGCUGUUUACAGUUCAUGUAACUACAUAAACUGGCCCAAACAAACAACUCUAUACAUAAUGAGGCUUAUACAAGAACUUAAUACAUAACACAGCGUUCAGGCUGUUUACAGUUCAUGUAACUACAUAAACUGGCCCAAACAAACAACUCUAUACAUAAUGAGGCUUAUACAAGAACUUAAUACAUAACACAGCGUUCAGGCUGUUUACAAUUCAUGUAACUACAUAAACUGGCCCAAACAAACAACUCUAUACAUAAUGAGGCUUAUACAAGAACUUAAUACAUAACACAGCCUUCAGGCUGUUUACAAUUCAUGUAACUACAUAAACUGGCCCAAACAAACAACUCUAUACAUAAUGAGGCCUAUACAUGUAGGUCCCUGGUCUAAUACUUUUCCGAUUCAACAGUUCAGUAUUUUUUACAGAGCAUUUAUUAGGAACAAUCACUGCCUCCAAGGAGAAACUUUUUUGCAGGUGCUAUGUAAAAUUAUAAAAAUUUAUAAAUUUGUUGAAUGAAUAAUUUUUACUUUAUUUUAAUGAACAGUUCAGCUCAUAUUUUGUAUUUACUUAUAUGGUUAGAAAAUAUGUUUUUACAAAUUAUGAGGACAUUAUUUUGUUUCCAUCUGCUAAAAAUUUGGUUUAGAUAUUUUAUAUAAUAUAUAUGAAUUACGUGUAUGUAGUGAGAAAUACAAUAUUUGCAAGGUAA